AUGCAUGUGACUAUGCGGCUGCUUACAAUUAAUGCUAACGACAAGACUAGUACACAAGUUGAAGUAUCCAAUAGAGAAAUCAAGUCAAUACUGGCGAAGACCGUGAAUGCCAAUUGGACUGAUUGGGCAAUAAGGUUAGAUGAUGCAUUAUGGGCUUAUUUUACAGCUUAUAAAACCCCCAUAGGUGCUUCACCUUAUCAAAUUGUGUAUGAAAAAUCUUUCCAUUUACCAAUUGAGCUUGAGCAUAAGGCACUAUGGGCAUUGAAGGCGCUGAAUUUAGAGUUGAAAGAUGUAGCUAAAUCUAGGUUUAAUGGCAUAAAUGAGUUACACAAAUUCCGGCUUCAGACAUACGAAAGUCGAACACUUUACAAGGAAGACAAGAAGUUGUAUCAUGACAGGAAGAUUGAGAAAAAGCUAAAGUCUAGGUGGCAUAGUCCAUUCACUGUGACAAGAGUGUAUUCCUAUGGGGUGUUAGAAAUAAUGAAGGAUGGUACAAAUCCAUUCAAGGUAAAUGGACACAGAGUAAAGAACUAUAUGGGAAAUGCAAAAAAGUGA